AUGGCCACCUGCUUCAGAGGGGCUGUCCCCUUCGCCAGACCCGCCUUCUUCCAGCUCCCGCGCUCGGUCGCCUUCCAGUAUCGUCAGCCAAGUCCGUUCGCGACCCUCCGCUUCUUCACGGCGAGCCCGCUUCGCGCGGCUUCGAAGAAGGCCGCAUCCCGCGUCGCAACCCCCGCGCCAAAGGCUGCUAGGGCACCUGCCGUUCAGCUAGAAUAUCAGUCCAAAGCCGACUUCCUCGGGAAAGGACGGAAAUGGGUUGAAAUCACGUCCGAGACGUUGCUUUACUCGGCGCCAAAACAGCGUGGGUUCCGAAUUGCGUGCUAUGCCGCCGCAUUCGCCUGCUUUGGUGCUGCUGCUUCCUCGUACCAGUUUUUCUACAACGACUUGAAAGACAAGACAGAGAGGGAUGGGCUUGCUAGCUGGGUCCCGCUGUCUUUUGGCUUCAUUGCCGUCUUCUGGGCAUUUAUAGGCACUUGGCUGGCGGCAGCGCCCAUGGGAAUAGUGAAGUCGAUAUCUGUUAUACCCAAACGAGGUGCUCAGAAGAGCCUAGUCCUGCGCUUCGAGAUCAUGCGCCUUCCCGGGAUGAGCAACAAGGUCCAGUAUGCCGCACCGGCCGAGGUUAGGGCCGACAGCAGCAUCGCUGCCACCACCGUAGAGUACGCUGUGGCAAGGCAAGUUGUCGAGGAUUCACGCAAGCCUCGACCGGAUGAUCCGAAGCUUCUGAAACCGUUUCUUGCUCUGGGCAGAUGGGUCAGCCGAUUUUUUUAUAACCUCAUGAUCUACACCAAGAUGUCAACGAUGAGAGAAGGCAUUGUGAAGGUCAGGAUGGGGAAUAAGGUCAUCGGCAAGGUCGAUUGCUCGGGGGAACUUCCCAAGGGUGGAUAUGUAAUCGAUCAAGUAAUCAAACCCUUUUAA